AUGGUGGUGGCGCUCGGACCCGGCCGGUUCUACGGCAGCGGCCUGCCGAGGCCGCGCUUCUUCCCGGGCGACCGCGUCGACCCGCCGGCAUCCGUCACGGACCCGCUCCUUGAGUGGGCGCGCGAGGCGCACUGGUCCAUGGGUGGCUUCAGCGUGAAGCGCCUCCGCCUGCAGGGCCGCAUCGAGGGCUCCAUCGACAAGCUCCGCCGCAGCGCGCGCCGCGACGCCAGGGCCAAGGCCAAGGCCAAGGCCCGCUCCGCCGGCCACAUGCCCGCCUCGCUCGCCGCGCUCGGAUCCGACGACGACGCCUCCGACGGCGACUCCGAGGACGAGGAGGAGGUGGCGGCGCGGGAGCAGGCCAUGAAGCAGGAGCUCGUCGACGACGACGAGGACUCCGACGGGUCCGACGAGUCGGAGGAGGAGGAGGACGAGCCACUCGCGGCCAUCGUCACCGCCGCCAAGAAGAGGCGCGCGAGGAAGCUCAGCGACGAGUUCGACCGCAUCGCCGUGGAGCAGCAGCUGGAGAAGAAGAAGGCGGGUGCCGCGGCGCCGGCGAGGGCGUCACCAAAGAGGAAGGCUGCCGCACCGGCCGCGCGCGCCGGCGAGGUGUCGCCGAAGAGGAAGGCUUCUGCAUCCGCUGCUGGGGCGACGGCAAGGGCAUCGCCAAAGAGGAAGGCUGCAGCACCCGCCGCGGCGCCCUCAUCGGCGACUGGGGCAAGGAGGACCUCGCCGAGGAACAAGCGCUGA